UUUACAGUCACUGGAGAUAUAGUGUUCGUCAUUCAACAGAAAGAGCACCCAAAGUUCAAGAGAAAGGGAGAUGAUCUCUUUGUCGAGCACACCCUCUCUCUUACAGAAGCUCUCUGUGGGUUCCAGUUUGUCUUGACCCAUUUGGACAAAAGACAGCUUCUCAUCAAAUCCAGUCCGGGAGAGGUUGUGAAGCCAGAUUCAUACAGGGCGAUAACCGAUGAGGGAAUGCCUAUGCACCAAAGGCCGUUCAUGAAGGGCAAGCUUUACAUCCACUUCACGGUCGACUUCCCUGACUCGUUGAGCCCUGACCAGACAAAGGCCAUUGAAGCGGUUUUGCCGAAGCCAAAGGCGGAUCUGAGCGACAUGGAAAUAGACGAAUGCGAGGAGACGACGCUGCACGAAGUGAACAUUGAGGAUGAGAUGAGAAGGAAGGCUCAAGCUCAAAGAGAGGCUUAUGAUGAUGACGAUGAUGAUGAAGAAGGCCCAGGUGGUGCUCAGCGUGUGCAAUGUGCCCAGCAGUGAUAUCAAACAUGCGCACUUGUAGUGAUAUUCAGCACUUGCGUUUUCUUAAACUUAUAUGUAUUAUUUUUGGGUCUUUGCUAUAAGACUUUUGCCCGAUUCUGUUGGAAGAAACUUGUCCUAAUUCAAUUUCUUGUCACAA